UCCAUUCUACUGUAUUAUCAAUUCGCUGCUUUUAUUGCAGUCAGAAAAUAACGCAGACGCAAUAAAUCUAUAUAUACACGCACACAAACACAUGUAUAUACUAUAGGCGUCAUAACAUUGAGGUGUCCGAGAUAUAGGAGAAGAGUCAGAAACGGAAGGCGCGGAUCACCGAGCACUAAUGGCGGAGAGGUUCCCAAUCCUCUUCUCAGCGCUUCUCUUCUUUCUCACUCUCUCUGUUUCAGUUGUUCAAAUCCUCGGGGUAGGGGUUGGAAUCAACUAUGGCCAGAUUGCCAACAAUCUCCCAACUCCCACCCGAGUUGCCUAUCUCCUCAGAUCCCUCAACAUCAGCAGAGUGAAACUCUACGAUGCUGAUCCGAAUGUAUUAGCAGCAUUCUCCAAUUCUAAUGUUGAUUUUGUGAUUGGACUUGACGACAGUCUUUUGAAUAUGACUGAUCCCAUCAAAGCUCAAACUUGGAUUGAACAGAAUGUUCAACCCUACAUUGCCCAGACCAAGAUCACUUGCAUCACUGUUGGAAAUGAGGUUUUAUCAAGCAAUGAUACUCAGUCAAUGAGUUAUCUCCUCCCGGCAAUGCAAACCGUUUAUGGUGCUGUUGUUAAUCUUGGACUAAGCGAACAAGUUUACGUGACAACGGCACAUUCACUUGCCAUCUUAGCUAAUUCAUUCCCUCCUUCCUCGGGAUCUUUCCGGGAAGAUCUUGCCCAGUACAUCCAGCCCAUUCUCAAUUUUCAUUCUCAGACUAAUUCCCCCUUCCUCAUUAAUGCUUACCCAUAUUUUGCAUACAAAGAUAGUCCUGAUCAGGUUUCAUUGGAGUAUGUACUUUUCCAGCCUAAUACAGGGACAACUGAUCCCAACACGAAUUUGAAGUAUGAUAACAUGUUAUAUGCUCAAAUUGACGCUGUCUAUUCAGCAAUCAAAGUAAUGGGGCAUACAGACAUUGAAGUUAAAAUUUCCGAGACUGGUUGGCCAUCUAAGGGGGAUCCCAAUGAGGCAGGAGCUACACCAGAGAAUGCGGGAAUAUAUAAUGGUAAUUUGCUGCAACGGAUACAGCAGAGGCAAGGUACUCCAGCGAGGCCAUCAGUGCCAAUUGAUAUAUAUGUUUUUGCACUUUUCAAUGAGAAUCUAAAGCCUGGUCCGGCAUCGGAGAGGAACUUUGGGCUGUAUUAUCCUGAUGGUACUCCAGUUUACAAUAUAGGGUUAGCGGGUUAUUUUCCACAGAUAGAUAUAGCUUCAGCUUCCAAGAUUAAUGCCUUGUCUGCUGCAAGUCUUCUGAUUUUUACCAUAGUAUGCCUUAUCUAUGCUUGAAAGCUAGAAAAUUUCACCAACAUCAAAUUGAGGGUGAGGGAAAUACAGCGAAAAAAAGAGUUAGUAAAAAUCACUCAGAAUUUUCUCCCCUAUAUUUCAAGGGGAGAUCUUCUAGGGAAUCAACCACUGCAUAACUUUCAUUUUCGUCAAAACCGGUGCCAGAUUAGAGCUUUUUUCCUGUUUACUUCAUUGGAUCCAUCAUGUACAAUGAGAUUUACCAAAAUUAUUUACUUCAAGAUCAAGAAGGCCUUCUAUUUAAGAGGUAAAUUCAUCUAGAGACUAGAGAAUAAAAAAUUAAAAAAAAAAAGGUAAUAAAGUGAAACCCAUUGCUGGUAGGACUAUGAUAAGGGAAAUAAAUUUCUUUAACAAGCAUUUUAUAAUGAUUAUCUUAUUUUUCCUGAAUUAUAAUGAUUAUCUUAGAGAAGAUAGAGAGGGCUUAUAUGAUUGUGUCGAGGGUAGCAAAUGGUAGGGGUAGAACUUAGUGACUUCCAUUAUUAUUGUUUUGAAUUUUAUUAUUGUAAAAACUUGUAUAGCCCAAGUUGAAAGGGAAAAUAUUGUUUUGAUAUUA